CCGGGCAUGGGUUAAAAAUCGUCGUGUUUAUUUGUUGAAUGGUGACUUGAAGCGCUAGAAAAAACUGUCGACCGGAUGGAAUAAGUUCAGAAUCUACAUGUGAUGUACCAAGAACAAAGGUUAUUGCCAUCCGUUUCCUGCCGUCAUCUGCAUUAAUUGUCAACGUUGGUCAAAUCUUUCAGAUCUGCGUUAACAUACAGAUCUAUGGACGUGAAGCUGGCUCUUGACAGGAUAUUGAACAUUCAUUGACCAUGGCUAAGGAGGCUAGAUACUGGUGCUGCAAUUGUGCUUGUGAUCUGCAUGGACAUCCAGGAAUAAGAAGAUCUCUUCAUCGUAAAGUGGACCACUCAUCAUUUACAAUUUUAGAGGCACUGCAAAGACUGGGAAUAGAAUUGAACCCAGACAAGCCAGGUAUACACUUCGUUUGCCUUAAAUGUGCUGCAUUAAUUGGAAAGUUGGGUGGGAAAUUGAGUGUAGACUUGAAGAAUUUAAUAGCGGAGCUCAAGAGACGCACCAAACCACAUACAUAUUUGGGAUAUGAGAUUAAGAGAGCGCUCAUGGAAACACCAAGCUUGAUUCCAAAAAGGAGAAAAACUGAAGGGAGCAAAUCACAAACUGUGGCUAGCUCUAAGGCACGCUAUGUGACCCAAAAAAGGGAUCAGAUGACUCAAACGAUUCCCCGACAACCUCCAAGGAAAGAUUCCUUUUGUACAGAAGCUGCAGUUUAUUUGGGAAAAGGCCAUUAUAAGUUAGCAUUGUCCAAAAUGAGAGCUCAUUCGGUGUCUUUCAACAAACAUCUCCUUGACUCAAUCUGUAGGGAUAUUAGAAGAGAGAUUAGAUCAGUUGAAUCUGUAUUCACUGUCGAUGAGAAGAAUAAGAGGAAGUCAUUGGAGGGUUAUUCAUGGAAAACUGCACACAAGAGCUUGAAGAAGAAUUGUCCAACCCUCAUGACCAUUCUGCACAGCGCACUGAGUAGAGAACCGAAGAAGACAGAUAAUGUGAGACUAACAAUGACAGUAGCUCAUUUGCUCUUCAUAAGAUGUCCUCGGAGAUGCAGUGUUCUUCAAGAAUUAAUUGGACUCCUCCUCUGGUUUUCUGGAACCAACAGAAAGGCUUUCGACAAGCUGAACAAACUUGGUAUUACUUACAAUGUCCAAACCACCUUAAAAACCCUGCAAGCCUCGAAAACCCAAGGCAAUGAUGCAAUCCGCAGACAACGACAGCAAAUCACAGAGCGCCGGUCAACAAACCAGCAAGCAAAAAUGGCUGUAGAUGAUGAGUGGGUAGACUUGACAGAAUGGGAAAAAGCUGAUGAACCCACUGAUACUCAAAUGAACCCCAGUAAUGAUGAAAAGGACACGGUUUCACAAACGGAAGCAGUUGGAGAAGAAGCCGAUGAUGCCUCAAUUAACUCUGAUAAUGAGAGACCAGUCCAGGCCCCCGAAACGAAAACAGCAACACCAUUAGGAUAUACCUUGAUGUGUGCCAGUGUUGAUCAAAGCUCGGUAAUAACGUUCCGUUCAAGUAUGAAUGGAAAACUGAACAGCAUGGUACAGUGCUUUGGAGAGUUAGACCGUGUCCCAUGUUUCCAUCUUAGAGACGAGGAACCAUCUUUGGAACAGCUUUCAAGUAUUUCUCAAGAUAUCUUCCUCCCUUCUACUGAUGAUAUUUGUAAUCUACGGGAUGAGUAUGAAGUGAUGAUAUCCCGAAUACUCUGCAAUCACAUUCCCUUUUUCAAGGACAUGAGCAUUACUGAACAGAUACCACAUCCUUAUCUUGAAGAGAUGAAGAAGAAAAGUGUUGUGAUACCACUAGGAGUGCUUGAGAAAGAUGAUAGCCAGAUAGAGGAUAUGGUAGAUGUAUUGGAGUAUAUGCACGGAUACGUACCAGGGGAUGAUAAGUCACCAAUCCCUAUGAUUCUCUAUGGAGAUGUACCGUCCUGCGAGAGAUUCCGUGAUGCAAUUGCCUCGAGAAUCAACGAGGAUACAUCCUGGAGUAGACUGAGUGGCUUAUUGCCAUCGGCACAGGAGUGGCAUAAACGUCAUCUUUUGCUACAGGAUACCUACAAACUCCUUUAUGAUGUAAAGAGUGUCAAGUCUUGUGGAAGUAUGUACUAUGUAAAAAGCAAAUACAAGCAUAGUAAGGUGACACCAAAGGUCUCCCAGUGCUUUGAUGAUGCAACCAACCUUUUGAGGUUCACAACAGAAGCAUACGUGUUGGCUGCAGCAUGUGAAUAUAUGGGCAUAGAAAAGCUGAGUGAUACCCCUAAAGACCUGCCACAAGACCCAGAGGAAAUGCUAUCCUAUUUCAGUAACACAUGUAAAUUUGUGCUAGAUAUGUCUUUCCAUCCUUACCAGAUAGGCGAGGGAGACAUGAUGAUGGAUUUUGGGGGAGCUGAAGAAGCUGUUGGAGAGGAUCUUGAGAAUGAUGAUGAAGAUGAGGAUGAUGAGGAUGAUGAAAGAUCUUGUUGUAUUUGUAAAGAAAAACACGAAGAUGUGAGGAUUAUGAUGUGUGGCAACAAGAGAUGUAGAAAAGAUAAAUGGUGCCAUUGGGAUUGCCUGAAGCAGAAUCAAGAUAUCCUCAUCCAUGGACUAUGGCUUUGCAGCGAUAGAUGCCAUCAGCAACAUCUGAAGGAUAAAGGAAAACAGAAGAAGCAGAAGAAAGAUGUGGACUCAAAAUAUGAAUAUUCCAAAGCUCUGCUCCAUCUCGGUCUGAGUGAGAUGGUACGUUAUGAUGCAAUACGAGAAGGAGACGGUAAUCGCAUGGUCCAACAUUGGCGUCUUGAUCUUGCACAUUUCUUUGACAAGCACCACAGGAAAUACCUCGCUGAAGGACACACUCUUCUUAUGGAUGUGAACGGGGGAGUAUCAGAGAGGAAAGGUCAUCAGCUUUUGUGGAAUAGAACAAUGAACAUGCUUGGUGGUGAUGGAAACAAUGCAGGAAAGGAUCUUGGAAUGGCCAUCAUGAAUAAGGAUUACAUGAAAUCAGUGAAAGAUGUAGCAGGGACUCUCAAUUACGGUUCCAUACCUCGCUCUGUUCAAGGGGUUUGGUCCAAGAAAACAGUGAAUAGGCUGUUUGAUGCUCAGGUGUUGGGGAAAAAAGUGAAGGGAGAUGAGGAAGCACCAGGAAAGUAUACCUUUGAAAUUGGAGAAUCUGAUACUGCAAAUCUGGUUGAACUCCUGGUCAAUAAGAAGUGCCUGGUGGAAGUUCCUGGAAGAUCACAUACAGGAUUUGAAAACUUUGAGUUUGAACAAAGAGUCGAUCUUCAUGAGUACAAGGCCAAGAUGUCAUCCCUAAGUGAGAGGAGAAUAAGAAAUGCUAAAAUAGCAAAACUAUGGAAUGAAUAAGAAAUGAAACAGUGGUACAUAUCAUUAUCGAAGGAACGAAAUCAUUGUAGGCCUAUAAAUACCUGCAUGUAUAAAUCAACCAAUCUCACCUUAUCAGUGUCAGACUCUAAUUGGAAUAAGGUGAU